AUGGCGGGCUCCAAGACUGUGAGAAUCGUCGAGGUUGGGCCUCGUGACGGCCUUCAAAAUAUCAAGACGGUGGUGGAUACGUCGACGAAGCUGGAACUCAUCCAAAGAUUACAGGAUGCAGGACUCCAGAAUGUCGAAAUCACGUCUGUCGUUUCACCAAAGGCCAUACCGCAACUUGAAGAUUGCCGCAAAAUACUUUCCGCCCCUGUUGUGAAGAGGUGGCAACAAACCAAUGGUACACUGCGUAUGCCAGUUUUGGUUCCGAACACCAAAGGCUUACGCAUCGCCCUCGAACAUGGUGUUAGGGAAGUGGCUGUCUUCGUUAGUGCGACAGAAGGCUUCAGUCGAGCAAACAUCAACUGCACUGUCGAUGAGGGCUUGGAGCGUGCCAAGCAGGUGGCCUCGGUGGCUAGUGCAGCCGGGGUGCUUGUGAGGGGAUACGUCUCUUGCAUCUUUGCCGACCCUUUCGACGGUCCUACUCCUUUACCUGCAGUCUCCCGCGCUGUGCGAAGCUUACUCGAUAUGGGCUGCUACGAAGUCAGCCUUGGAGAUACUUUGGGUGUCGGAACACCACCAGACGUUCGACGGCUACUUGAAUAUCUCAAGGCUCAGAACAUCCAUACCGAGAGAUUAGCUGGCCACUUCCACGAUACCUACGGGCAAGCUCUAGCCAAUGUGUGGACGGCGUACGAAUGCGGUCUACGAACCUUUGAUAGCAGCGUUGGCGGCCUAGGCGGUUGCCCUUUCGCACCAGGUGCUAAGGGUAAUGUGGCUACGGAAGAUGUUGUGUAUUUGUUUCAGCAAGCUGGGGUUGAUACCGGUGUAGACCUCCAGCAAGUAGUUGACAUCGGGGUUUGGAUCUCCCAGGCCCUAGCGAAACCCAACGACAGCCGGGCUGGAGCGGCUCUCGCCAGCAAAUCGAAGAUCUCAUCAACAAAAUCAUCGAAGAUCACCGAUCGGCCAAAGGAGGCGUUGGAGUGGUCAAUCUUGGAACAGUCUGACAACGUUGUCGUUCGGCGGGCUGGAGCGAACGGUAAUAUCGUUCUCAACAAGCCUCGAAACGGGAAUACCCUCACUUUUCCGAUGAUAUCCGAGAUCAUCCAGGCAUUCAAGUCAUUUGAGAGCGACGCCUCAAUAUCUCGUGUUCUUAUUAGCGCAAAUGGCAAAUUCUUCUGCACUGGGAUGGACCUGAGCCAGGCCGCACAGGCAGUCGGCCGGGGCGGUGACGCAAGUUCGAAGCUGUUCCAGGCAUUGACAGACUUAUUCGAGCUCAUCGACAACUCUCCAAAGGUCACGGUCUCCUGCAUACAAGGGCCGGCUUUCGGCGGUGGCAUUGGAUUAGCAUUUUCUUGCGACAUCAGGAUUUCCAUCAGCUCGGCAAGCUUCACAUUGUCUGAGGCCAAACUUGGCAUGUGUCCUGCCGUAAUUUCGAGAUACGUCAUCAGGGAAUGGGGAUUUGGACUCUCGAGGGAGGCCAUGCUCACAGCACGGUCUCUGACAGCUUCCGAGUUGAAGUCUGCUGGCGCCAUCUCGAUGGUUGCUGAGACGCCUUCGGAACUGGACAUCAUAACGAAAACCCUCCUCACGCAACUUCGACACUCGUCGCCCGGGGGUUCAAGCAUGUCGAAAGAAUUAGUCAAGUUAAGUUGGAGACACGCGGGAAUGCCAGAGCAGCGGGACGGGAUUUCCAGGCUUUUCAAGACCAUGAUGGAGCCUGACUCUGAUGCCGUCCAUGGGAUAGCAGAAUUCCAGCAGAAGCGUAAGGUCGACUGGGAUUCCCUAAAUCAGACGGACCUUCUACAGAGAAUUUCUAUGAUUGAAAGCAAAUUAGCUCAGCUGAGCGACCGCGAAUCUCAAGAAUUCAGUUCCGCCGCUUUCAACGAGGCCAAUAUGCCUAUGGAAGACCACAAUACUGUGGAAGAGCAGCCUCAAUUCCAAUCAAAUGAACACGAAGAUGUUUUAGGCGUUCCUGAUUUGGUCAACCAAUCAUCACCCAACAUGUCAACCACCUGGCGUUCAGGGAGCUCACAGUCCCAAAUAUUCAGUACAUUCCCGCCUGAUUCGGUAACACAGUCGCUGGUCGACACUUUCUUUCAAUGGUGUCACAACCAGCCAUACUCUUAUUUUCACGAGGGAAGCUUCCGGCAGAAACUAGCGGAUGGCCAGCUUUCGAAAUGCGUGCUUCUGGCUGUUUUAGCAUCUUCCUUGAGGUUCUCAGAACACGAAUACUAUCGAGACAACAGAUCCAAUGCCAUUGAAGCAUAUGCAAGAGAAGCAUGGUUAUCCGUUCUGGGCGAUCACAUGACGGUGGAAGAUUCUUGCAACCUUGAGGUCGCCCAAGCCACCAAUAUCCUGGCCAUCAUUGACUUUACCGCCGGCCGAACCAGCUCCGCGUGGCUCAAGAUUGGGAUGGCGAUUCGGAUAGCUCAGGAUCUCCAACUGAUGAAGGAGCCCAGUGAAACUCUUCCUCUGGUGGAGCAGGAAGAAAGGCGGAGAUCCUUCUGGUCAAUCUACCUUCUCGACAAACUGGUCUCCCUCGGCAAACACAGACAUUUCGCCAUCUUGGACGAGGACUGCCAUGUGCGACUACCUUGCGACGAGCUGACAUUUCGUUCUGGCGGAUGGGGCCAGAAUGUGACGCUCCGUCAGCUUCUCGAUUGGAGCACCGAUGUUGGCGUUGAGAGUGGAUUCCCAGUUGCCAUCUUGGCAUCAUCCGUACUCGCUCGCUGCACACGAAGGCUUCUUCACGACCGCAAUACCGAUGAGACUCCCCCUUGGGACUCGAAAUCGGAGUUUGCAUCAAUCACAUCACUCCUUCUCCUCGUCGAGUCCCGCCUCCAAGUCGAUCAACAUCCCAUUGGGAAUGUUGUCGAUACUUACAGGCUUGAUGAUGGUGUCAUAGAUCACCCCGCAAUGGGCCAUGUCAUCUUUGCACGUACAGUAUUCCAUGUCUGCUACUGCCUUCUGUACCAUCCAUUCCUUGUGCGAGAGCAAGUUCGGAGAGUCAAGUGUCAAGUUCCAUCAAGUUUCAUGCGCCUCGCCUCCCAGAAGAGCUAUGAACAUGCUCGAGAUCUGGUCAAUUUGUUGCACGAUGCAGAAGCAGUAGGGUGCCAUCUAGGUGCUUCAUUCUACGCAUAUUCAGCGUGCCUAGCUGGCAGCAUUCUCUCGCUUCACAUGCACACCGAGAAGGAUACCGAGAGCCAGCGUUACUUAGAACUACUGAGUGUAACCCAAGACAGCAUAUCGAUACUUGAAGGAAUGGCAAAGUUUUGGGAUCAUGCGUCCAAGAUUCACCAUCGACUGCUGACUUUCAAUGCGAACGCUUAUCUUUUCGAUUCACUCCUUGACUCGCAGCUGAAAUCAGUCAUGGAUCCAGGAUGGGAAAGAUCCCUCUGGUCGAUGGUUGAUUACGGGGAGAUGUGCCGCGAAUCAAGUCUAUCUAUCCCAAGUCCGAAAAUACCAGCGCCUUCGGAUUCUCCGAGCUUUCCAGACCUCGAACUAGAAAGUGAACAGAUGCUGGAUUUGGGACUUGAUGUACAACAAAUAUCACAGAUCGACGACAACCUGAUGAACUUUGAUACUCCUAACAUCAAGUAUCUUCUUGAGCUUGCUUCUGGCGGAGGGUAG